UCUGACGUCUUGUUAGUGUGAGUGACUUGGGGAGAGAAAACACUGUGACAACAGCUCAGCAGGAGAGACGAGCACGGAAAACUGAGGAACAUUUUUUCUUUUGUAACUUCUUCCCGCUUCCUUCCUCCCUCCACCUGUAUGACUGCGUGAAGACGAAAGUGACUCAGUUAUGGAGAGCUCCGUUGAGGUUUCCCAGAGUGGUGGCACCUCAAACCCCAAGCCAGGUCUGGCCCCCAAACCUCGGCUCGCUCCCAAGCCCUUCUCUCUGCAGAAGAACACCACCAUUCGCUCAAUCCAUGCCCCAAAGACGGUCGCCGCAAGCUCUAAGAAAACAACGCAGCCGACUGUUAAACCCAAGGCCGCAGGAGUCCCCAAACCGACUGUGACCGCCCCCGCUCAGAAACCCCCCCAACAAACCACCACCUCUGAUUCCAAACCCAGCCCUGUAAGUGUGCCCACCAAAGAUCAAGCAAACACAACCAAAGAAAGCAAAGCAAGUCCACGUGGAGAGGAUACCCUUGAUUCUACUGUAGGAAAAUCUGAUCCAGCCUCAAAAACCACUCCACCCAAAGAAACACCCAAAUCCGAGCCAAUCCAGAAAGACGAUGUCAUCCAAGCAAACCACAAAGCAUCUACGGAAAUCGUAACCAAACCAGAGCAGAAAGAGGAGAGAAAGAAAGAAGAUGAAAAACACGCUUCUGUCAUCCACAAUGUUCAAGAACCAGAAAGUGACGUCUCCUCUAAAGACAAUCCAGAAUAUCGAUGGGGCAGCGGCAGGAAGCGUCUGUCCAUGGAGCUCACCUCGAAGUUUGAGUCAGGUGGCCUAUCUCUGCCUCCCCAGCCAACUGUAACCACCUCUACAACCACCACCAGAGAUGAUACAAAGAAGCCAAGGCCUUCAGAUCCAGAGGUGAGCCAGACGACAACAGAGCCAUCAAACAGAGAGAGCGAUGAAGGAGGACUGAAGGAGGAUUACACCGGAGGCAGCAGUAUAAAACGCAGGAUCAGUCUCCUGUUUGACUCAUCAUCGAGGCCAGAGGUCAUGACAAAGAGAGAGGAGCCAGAAAUUACAAACGGCACAGAGAGUGUGAAGGGUGUAAAGGAGAGAAUCAAAAACUGGGUCACAGAAACGACCCCUGAGGGUCCGAAGACUGAGAAGAGGCCUCAGGUUGCACCCCGACCUCGCUCUAAGAGCUUUGAGCCAGCAGCUGCUCCAACAGCAGAGGAAACACCCAAAAUGCAGCCUGUUGAACCUCCUGCAUCUGAGAUUUCUCCCAGUCAGGCCGUGGAUCUUCCUUCAGAGGUGUCACCUGCCGAACAACCCACAGAGACCCCAAUGGAAAUAUCUAGAGAUGCUCCUACUGAAGUUAAGUCGGAAGGCCCAAGUGAGACACCAGGAGAGCGUGUGCAGAACAAGGCAACAGAGGGUGAUGUCCGACUACGCAAUCGCAGCUCAUCUAUGCCCCACACUUCCACCUCAAGUGAAAAUGAUCAACAUGCUCUGAAGAGGGGUGGUGUGAAACGUCGAUCUGUUCACUUUGGUGUCGUAGAGAGAGAUGAUGGUGGGCCUCCACUGAUCCUGGGCUCACCGUCUGAUUCCAGCGAAGAAGAAGAGGCCUCUGGGGAUGAAGCAGGGAAGGACAUCUCUGUUUCAGUGCCUGUCUACAAAAGAGUAGGAGGUCUUCUGAAGAAGAACGAUGAUGAGGCGCGAGAGGAAGAAGAACGACUGAAACAUUUGGAAUUUGAAAAAAGACGGCGAGCAGAGGAGAACGAACAGGCAAGGCUCGUAUUGGAAGAGGAGCGGAAACGAAAAAAGGAAGAGGAAGAAAGAGAGAAAGAGAUGGCAAGGCAGAGGGAAGAAGAGGAAAGGGAGAGAGAAAGACUGAGGGAGGAGGAAAUAGAGAGACAGCGGAAGGAGGCGAGGGAAAGGCUGAGAGAAGAAGAGAUGGAGAGGGAAAGACAGUUGGAGCUGAUGUUGCAGAGACAGAGAGAAGAGGAAAGAGAGAGAGCGAAACAGAAGGAGGAGAGACUGAAACAAGAACAGGAGGAGAGGGAAAGAGAGAGAUUGUUGGAGGAGCACAGGAAAGAGGAGAGACUGAGAGAGGAAAGAGAAAGACAAAGGCUGAGAGAAGAAGAUAUGGAGAGGGAAAGACAGUUGGAGAUGAUGUUGCAGAGACAGAGAGAGGAGGAAAGAGAGAGGGCGAAACAGAAGGAGGAGAGACUGAAACAAGAACGAGAGGAGAGGGAAAGAGAGAGAUUGUUGGAGGAGCAGAGGAAAGAGGAGAGACAGAAGGAGGAAAGAGAAAGACAAAGGCUGAGAGAGGAGGAGGAGAGAUCGAUUCGUGACAAUGAGGAGCAUAGAACUGAGGGGCAAAAGCUUGAGAGGAGAUGGAGUAAAGCGAAAUACAGAGAGGAGGAGUGGGAAAAAGAGUGGGUGAAAGAGGCAGCGAAGCCAAGAGGAGAAGAAGAAGAGAAGGAAAGAGAGAAAGAGUUGGAGUUGAUGUGGCAGAGACAGAGAGAAGAGGAAAGAGAGAGGGCCAGACAAAUGGAGGAGAGACUCAGACAGGAGGAGAGGGAGAGAGCAAGAUUAAGAGAGGAGGAGAGAUCAAUUCAUAACCAUGAGGAGCAUACAACUGAGGGGGGAGAGAUAAAGAGGAGAUGGAGUAAAGCAAAACACAGAGAGGAGGAGUGGGAAAAAGAGUGGGUGAAACAGGUAGAGAUGCAGAGAGGAGAAGAAGAAGAGGGGGAAAGAGAGAAAGAGUUGGAGGCGAUGUGGCAGAGACAGAAAGAGGAGGACAGGGAGAAGGCCAGACAGAUAGAGGAGAGACUCAGACAGGAGGACAGGGGGAAAGAAAGAUUAGGAGAGGAGGAGGAAAGAGAGAGGGAGAGGCAAAGGAGGCUGAAAGAGCAGCAAGAAAAAGAAGAAGAGAUGGAGAGAAUGAGGCAAAUGGAGAUGGAGAAAUGGAGAGAGGAGGAGGAAAGGAAGAAGCAGAUGGAGAAAGAAAGACUGGAGGAGCUGGAGAGAAAAAUACGAGAGGAGUUGAACAGAAAGCGGGCACAAGAAGCAGAAGUUGUUUAUGAUGACUUCUCCGUCAAACCGGCUGGGAUAAAGGUGGACUUUGACGACUUUUCAGUCAAACCACUGAGAUGGGGCACGCAAGCUAAAGAAGAAACCAGUCCGCCCAUCCGGAGAAGGGAAGCUGCCUCUGUGGAUAAAAAGGAAGUGGAAGAGCUGGUGCCCCUGGAUGUCAGUCCAAGAGAAUAUAAAGUGCCAGAACAGGUGGAGAAACCACGCAGCCUAGAGCCUACACCAGCCCAAGAAAGUCCAAAGUUCGAGGAGAAGGAGGAGAACCAGAGGCCAGAGGAGGGACUGCUCAUCUCCAUGGAGGUAGAGGAAGAGAAGGAGACAGAGGGGGAGGAAGAGGAGAACACAAAAGAAGAUGUAGUGGAAGAAGAAGACAAGCAGGAGGCACCGGUUAACAUUUACAGCACAAACAGUGAAGACACUGAUGCUUUGAUAGACAAUGAGCCCGACCAGCAGAAUGAGGCCAGUGAACGGACAUCUGAAAUUGACAGCCCAAAGCCCAUCGCUGACCAGGCCCCAGAAGUCUCCACUGAAGACCUUGAUGAGACUGAUUAUCACCGAGAGCCAGAGCUGCCUCCAUUUCCUGAGAGCUCCACUCCUCUCCUUGACAACAGCGCGCAGAGAUCGAAGGCAGAUCUGGGUCGGAGGCGAAGUCGGUCGCGUCCAUCGCGCUCGGUCCGUAUGGGUUUGGUACCAUUGGAUAGCCCUGACUGGAGGACCCGUGACUCCACAGAUGAAAGGGAGGCAUCUAAGCAAAGGGAUUCAGACUCUGAGGACGAGCAGCCUAAACCGAAGAUGGCCUAUUCUCCUCCUUCCGCCUCUCAUAGAGUCCCAAUGUUCCCUGGUUUGAGCCCCGCAGCUUUACUUGCUCAGAUAAAAAAGAAAACAAGUGGAGGAAGUGGAGAGGACGCAGAAGAAGAGAAGGCAAGAGAUGAGAGGGAAAGUCAAAAUGAGGAAGAAGCACCGUCUUCCUCACAAGUGUCCCGCUCUCCUCGCUCAGCAGCUCAUCUUGCGGGGGCUGCACGGGUGUUGCCACCCAUAGGCGGUGCAGACGGAGGCGCCGCCUCCUCUCCCGCUUGGCUGAAAGAACUGAAGUCUAAGAAGCGCCUGAGUCAGCAUGACGGCGAGGCUUAGCCAGACAGAGGAGACACUGUGCCAUCACCGUUCAGCAAGAAUCAAUCCAUUUCAGCUGCAGCUGCUGCUGACAGGCACCUUGCCAUGAUUGCUCCAUUUUCCACUUUGAGUGCCUUAUUUUGGACCUUUACCGAGAUAUACAGGAGGAGAAUUCAGGCUUUUGCUGAACACAGAGACCAUCAAGAACUCUUCUGGCUUGUAAAUGAAAUAUGGUGCCAAGGCUACGUGCCAAGACUGUGAUGUGUUAAUGCCAAGUAAAUGUUUUAUCUACUGCUGUACAGAGGCUCAAUGGAUGGGGAAAACCCCAAUGUAAUUUAGAGCAAAGCCACGGACUGUCUUGUUUGAAUGUGUACUCCAUUAUAUUGCGUCAGGGACUGAUGACACUAGGCCUUCAGCACGGUAUCUACCUUCACAAACAAACAUGUACAGAAAAUACUGAAUAUAAAUAAUGGAUUUGCACCUUGUGUGCAUUUAGUUUAAAUUGUACAAAAAGCCUUUUUACAGAUUAUCUUUCCAAUCACAGAUUGUCUCAAGUAAACCUUUAAGCACUUUAAGAAAAAUGAUCACAAAUUACUGUCCGUACAGAACAUCUAAGCAAUAGAGUAAUCGAGUACCUUACUGUAGUGACAUGGUCAAGGGAAUUUUUCUGUUUGUACGCCAUGAGUGCCUGUCUUCUUUUUCCUGGUCCACAAAACUUAAUCAUGCACUUCCUGGUUUUGUUAAAAAGCCCAGCGGCUGGUCAGAGCAUCAACAGUGAGUUGGGAGGAAAUUUUGAGCAAGUUAUAACACAGUGGUACUCAAUGUAUGUCUCUUCCUGCCGACCAUUUUAUAAUUCACACUUAAAAUUGACUCACAGAGGUGAUUGACAGAGGUCAGGGUUAAGCCCCAAAUGUCCUCAAAUGUUUGUUCAUUGACUGGCCCCUGGCUUCCUGUCAUUUUGCAUAAGUGGCCCCCGGGCAAAGCUUGUUGAAUAUCCCUGCUUUACCAGAAUCAGGAAGUGUGUUCUGUAAAAUCUUUAACCCAGAAAAAUGCAUCAUCUGCUCUAGAUGUUUUUAUGUGCCUUUUUAAUGUUAAAGAGUGACUGCCAUCAGUGCUGUAAUCAUUUAUAAUCAACAUAUGGUAUGAUAAGAGGAAAUUGAGGGAAUUUUAUUAAAACUUUUUCUAUGAAAUGCAA